AAUUUAUUUAUUUUUAAUUACUUUCCCUUUGUUUCUCUCUAAAUAGUCAACUACAUAGCCUUCUCUCGAUCAAGGAAGUAAAGAAGUAAAUUUGUCUUCACGAAAACCUUUCAAUAACAUAAAAAGCAGUCAUGAGUAACAGUUUACCAAAGUCGGUGGAUGUGUUGAUCAUUGGUGCCGGUCCUACUGGAUUGGGAGCAGCGAGACGACUACAUCAACUCAAACACGCUUCUUACUUGGUGGUAGACGAACAGGCAGAGGCAGGUGGACUUGCUUCCACUGAUGUCACCAAAGAAGGCUUCUUGUUCGAUGUGGGCGGUCACGUCAUCUUUUCUCAUUAUCAAUACUUUGAUGAUAUGAUUGCAGAAGCACUUCCAAAAGAGACAGACUGGUACACUCAUCAGCGAAUUUCAUACGUCCGUAGUCGUAAUACUUGGGUGGCUUAUCCUUACCAGAACAAUAUCAGUCAGUUGCCUAUCGAGGAUCAAGUCAAUUGUAUUGAUGGUAUGAUCGAUGCGGCCGAGGAACGCGCGCGCGCCAAAUCAAAGCCCAAGUCGUUUGAUGAGUGGAUUGUGCGUAUGAUGGGGACUGGGUUGGCGGAUUUGUUUAUGAGACCGUAUAACUUCAAGGUUUGGGCUGUCCCAACCACUCACAUGCAAUGCGAGUGGCUUGGAGAACGAGUUGCUGCUCCCUCCCUCAAGCAGGUUGUCAAAAAUACGCUCUACAAGAAAGAGGCCGGCAAUUGGGGCCCCAAUGCUACCUUCAAGUUUCCAGCUGAGGGUGGUACUGGUGGGAUCUGGAAAGCUGUUGCGCGGUGCAUACCAUCAGACAAAUUUGCAUUUGGUCGUCGAUUAGUCAGUAUUGAUGGAAAGGCUCGUAAGGCCUCUUUUGAUGAUGGAUCGGUGAUCGAGUAUGGCAAGAUGAUCAGCUGUGUACCGCUUGACACCAUGGUGGGAAUGAUCGAGGCUGAAGCGCAGAAGCCUCUUAAGCCAAUCUCAGACGGUUUGGUUUACUCCAGCACUCAUGUUGUUGGUUUCGGAAUCCGUGGAAAUCCUACGGGAGCAAUGAAAGGUAGUUGUUGGUUGUACUACCCCGAAGACAACUGUCCCUUUUACCGAGUGACAGUAUUCUCCAACUACUCGCCCAACAACUGUCCAAAGACGGGCACGAAAAUCAGGACGCUUCAGGCAGCUGACCCAGCCUUGAACGGUCAAAUUGAUCUUCAAACUGAACGGGAAGGGCCAUAUUGGUCACUGAUGUUAGAGAUCUCACAGAGCAAGAUGAAACCAGUGGAUGAGGUCAAUCUGAUCAAAGACUCGCUGCAAGGCUUGAUCAACACGGAGAUGGUUGAACCCGGCGCAGAGAUCGUAUCGAUCUAUCACCGUAAAUUCGAUCACGGUUAUCCCACACCCAGUUUGGAGCGUGAGGGUCAAUUGAAAGUCUUGUUACCAGCUUUGAAGGAUGAGUUUGGUAUCUGGUCUCGUGGACGAUUUGGUUCUUAUCGAUACGAGGUAGCGAACCAAGAUCACUCCUGUAUGAUUGGUGUUGAAGCGGUUGAUAACAUCUUGUAUGGGGCACCAGAAAUGACUUUGAAUGAACCUGAUUGGGUCAACGGGAGGAAGAACACUGAGCGAAGGCUGGUAUGAUGGAUCAAUUUUGUUGACCCAGUCCCCGCUCUUCAUCACAUCAAGAUGAUGUGAUGAUAAUGUCAAGGGAAAAUUUCUUUUUUGGAAUCUUUUGGAUUUUAGAAAUGGUGAAAGUAGAUUUGCAUAAUAGAUAAUAUGGUUUUUGGUAAUGGAGGGCAUAAGUUUUUAGUAAAUCUUUUUAGCAGACAUGGACAGUCGAUGAUGUAGAGGUGGUGAUUAAAUUGGUGAACUGGCCAAUCAUUUUCUAGAGUUAAAUUGAUGUAUCAGAUGAUGCAACAUAGGAUCAUAGAGGCGCGUCUUUGGAAUACAUCGUGUUCUUUUGUAGCGUGAU